CCUGCUGCUCUCCGAAAUUUAUUGGGAACAGCGAAGCGCCGAGCCGAAGGCCGGAGGGUCCUGUGGAGCGGUCUUCUCCUCGUCUUCCUCCAGCUCCGCGUCUAGCGAUCGGAAGGCUCGAGCGCGACGACCCGGGGUGACGUUUCCACGGCCCGCUGCCCCGUGGCAUGUGACUCCCCUCGGCCACGGCUGUGGUAGAAGCAUCGUGGGAACAGGUGAGUGCCGCCCACCGGACGUCCGCAGGAGCGCCAUGCCGGUGGAGACGCUCCAGGCCAGCCACCCAGCCAUGAAAGGCGUCUCGGCGGCCACCGCACCGUUCACUUCGGCCAUGCCCUUCCGAAUCCUGAACAAGGGCCCCGAGUAUUUCCGCCGGCCGGCAGCGGCCAACAGCGCCGCCAAGAAGCUCAGCGCAGUGGAGAGGCUGGAGGCGGACAAGGCGAAAUAUGUCAAAAGCCAGCAAGUGGCCAGCACCAGGCAGGAGCCGGUGAGACCGCUUUUCUUCAAGCAGCCGCUCUUCACGCCUGGGGUGAGAAGGGUGAUGCUCACCCCGAGUCGCAAGACCCCGCAAGGGGGGCGCCGGGCCGAGGUCUGCGGGGCCAAAACCUCCCUGAACCUGGAAAUCCUCAACAACCUGAUCAACUUCUGCGACAGCCCCCUCUCCUUCCCCAAAGCGGAGAAGAGCCCCAUGGAGAAGAAAUGGAUGCCCGAGGCCCACGGCCGGAGCCCCGGGAGUCUCCCGCCUACCCCGAGGAAGAAGAGCCCCACAGAUGGCAUGAGCAAGCUCUCGCAGAGCUCGGCCUCCUCCAAGCCCCCCAGCACCGUUGCUGUGCGCAGGGUGGACGUCCGGCCCUGCGGGGUGCUGAAGGCAAGGGUCACCCCCACGAUCCAGCUGAGCCCUGUCCCCCCUUUGCCGGCCCACCCCAAGAUCCUGCCUGGCAGCCCCCUAAACUCCCCCAGCCCCUGCGGCGGGCUGCGGCCAGAGAGCGCCAAGCGCCAGACCUUGUUGCACCGAUCCAAAUCGGACCUGAGCGACCGGUACUCCCGCGCCACGGCCGACUUGGAGCGCUUCUUCAACUACUGCGGCCUGGACCCCGAGGACGUGGGGGACGUGGAAGUGGAGCGGUUCACCCGGGCCAGCUCGGACAUUGUGUCUGUCAAGUUCCACAGCGUCAGCACGGCCAGCUCGGAGGGGACCCGAUCCCGGCGCAGCGCAAUCACCUUGGAGGAGAGGCAGGCCGAGCGCAUGCCUUACGGCAUCUCCAUCAUUGAGCGCAACGCCCGGGUCAUCAAGUGGCUGUACGGACUACGGCAAGCCAGGGAGUCCCAAAAGGUAUCCAACGUAUAGCAGCCCAGUUGCAGGCUCCGACAGGAGGAGAAGGAAAAACAGAACUUUUCUCUUUGUGUGUGUGUGUGUGUGUGUGUGUGUGUGUGUGUGUGUUGCUAUUUACAGUUGGAGGAAAACUUUUGCAGCUGUUGCAUGGUUUCUGUUUGUGUCCCCUUGAGAAGUGUCGGGUCCGUGUGUGGUGGUGGUGGUGGUGGGGUCGUUCUGAUCUGAAUUGCUGUGGUCGUUUCCGUCACAUUGGCCAGAACAUUCACCUGCCGAGAAGAGCAUGUAGACAUAACAUUUGACACCAAGAGAGACAAAGAUAAAAAACAGCAGCUUUAGAAUUUCUAUCCCACUUUUCUUUUAUAGGAGUGAUCGGUCUACAUCCAGCCUUAUCCAACCUGGUGCCCUCCAGAUACGUUGCACUACAAUGCCCACCCUACUGGCUGGGGGUGCUGGGAGUUGUAGUCCAACACCUGUGAGGAACCACCAACAGGUUGGGAAAGGCUGUUCUGGGGUGAGCAGACUGCUAGAACCUUGACAAAUCCUGUGGGGGAUGCACAAUGCAGCCGGCUAAGGAAGAAGCUACCAAAAAAUAUAAGGAUAUUCCAAAGCUACCAUGGGGGACAAACCCCCUAGGAACAGGGGUUAUUUUUGCCUUGUGGGCAGCAGAUUCCAAAUGCAAUCAAAGCAUUAGUUUUUGCUCCCAAGGAAUCGAUCCGCACCUGUUUGCGUGCUCCGCCCCGAGAACCCGCGUAUAGAUGUAGCAGGCAUGAGUUUUAGCAAAGGCAACAAUGGAAGUCUUAUGGCUGAGAGAGCUGUAAAAAAACAAACCACACACCCAGGCCUAUUGUGGGUUAGGCAGAGGAAUGCAAGCGGUCUUUGUACGCACCCCGGAAACACCUCCUUGGCCUGGUGCCCGGCAAAUAGCCGAGCACCUGCGGUAGCAUCCUGCACAAAGGAUUUUUCCAGCAGUGGCAAAACUGGGCAGCUCAACAGAGUCUGAUCCUGAGCUGCCGGAUACGAUGCUGGGGUGCUGAGAACCUCCUUUGAGGGUGUCGGAGAUGUGUUUGUAACCUUUCUGCAAAGUGUGCCUUUCCUUCAAGGGUUGGCAGUCAGUGUUGCCGGCUGCCAAUUUCCUCUCCAGUCUGCCCUCUCCCCUCCACCUCUAGGGAAAACACCUUGUUUGCAAAAGCUUGUGGUUCUGGGCACAUUUUGGUGCGUCCUUCAUAAAAAAAACCCCACCACCCCACUCUCUCUGAUCUUAUCAUUCAUCCCUACAUCCUUUUGUUUCCAGCGCACUGUCAGCGCUGGGAUGGUUAAUCUGGAUGAACAGGCUGCUAUUGACAACAAGGACCUCGGACAGGACAAACUUCUUCAGAUGCAGCUUUGAUCAUCCACGUCUGGCUAAAAACCUUCAUUGGAGAAAAACAAAAACCUCACAUGGGAAGGCAGUUUAGAAGGCAGCGGCCAAUUAAAACGAAACGCCAAUUCCUCUGAAUCGUUUAGGGAAAUCAAAGUUGCUUUGGGGCGGUUGGUUUGCAUAACGGCUGGAACGGAAGAAGGAUUUUCUCCACCAGUCACUCGACAGGCAGUAAAUGGGAAGGGAGGGGAGGCAGUGCAGUGCAUCUUCCCCAUGUUUGCUGGGGACUUGCUGUCAUGCCUGUUCCUUGGAAGACGCAGCUGGCUUCCGUACGGGAGUUUUGAUUCUAUUCCGGUACUCAAAUCCACUUCCAAUUGCACUUUUUUGCCCCAAACCUUCUCUGUUUAUCUUUUUGCUACCUGGUGAUGUUCGUUUUUUUUAGCCUUCCCCAAUAUAGUUGCUCUCCAGAUGUAUUGGACUGCAACUCCCAUAAUGUUCAGCCAAGGAUGGCCAAUGCUAUGCUGACUGGGAAUGCUGGGAGUUGCAGUCCAACAGAUCUGGAGGGCACCAGGUUGGGGAAGGCUGAUGUAUUUAUUUGAUUAGCCAACUGAUCCUUUGACAGGAGUGGGAGACUUUCUGGGGGGACCCUUUCUAGGGGGACCCUUUUUGAUCUUCUGGGGGGGGGCAGAACUGAGCAGAGCACUCUAGAAAACUGCCUGAUUCUCUGUUCCCUGGCGGGAUGGGGUUUGGCCGCUCAAGUCUUGUUCCAUCAUGGGAUUUCUUGUUAAGGAGUGGGGGGCCAUAAUCCCUUUGACCACUGUGAUAGGCUGGCAACAGAAUUUUGGUAGGGUGUUUAGCCAUGUGGGCGUCCACCUACCUCUGUGGGGUCACCCAGGUUUCUAUAGUGUGUUUAGUGUGUGUGUUUGUGUGUUUGUGUAUGAGUGUGCCGCCUUCCUCUGUGUUCCAAAACUCUGAGCCCCACCCACUUUGUAAUGCCUGUUGCACUGAAGAUGCCCUAACCCUAUUAUUUAUAAUGUUUCUUCAUAUUUGUUCUUUCUAAGUUUGUAUAGUAUUUUGUGCUGAAGGGGAGAAAAAAAAUCUGGCAACUUAUUUGUAUUAAAGUCUUAUUUGUAUUAAAGUCUUGUUCUUUAAAGAAUG